AUGGCAGGGCUGUUGACCAGAGCGACGCUCUCGCCGUCUUCCCUCAUCUCGGCCUUCCGCGGGCUCUCGUUGACUUCAACCCGCUGCUUCUCCACGACACUGCCCUCGCAGAAGACAAAGAAGCUUCCGGACUAUAUCCCACCCUAUCCCUAUGGGCCGAAUCACCUCUACAAGCAAGCCGAUAGCGGUCUGUAUGGCGGAGUGAAGAUCCAAUUCGGCAACAAGAUCUCCAAGGGGAGGAACAAGGGUAAAACGAGGCGAACGUGGAAACCAAACGUCAGGAGGAAGAAGCUGUGGAGCGAUGCUCUCGGGGAGUACCUGUUCAUCAAGGUCACGCGCAAGGCCUUGCGGACGAUUCGGAAAGAGGGCGGAUUAGAUAACUACCUCCUGGACGACCGACCCUCGCGGAUCAAGGAACUCGGCUUGUUCGGAUGGCAAUUGAGAUGGAGGAUCAUGCAGACGCCCAAGAUCCAGGAGAAAUUCCGGAAGGAGAGACAGGCAUUGGGGCUGCCGGAACCGCCCUCGUUCGAAGAAUGGAUGAAGCAGAAGGAAAAGGAACUCAAGGAGAGCGUCGAGAAGGACAUCAAUAUCAAGGAGAAGACCAAGCCAAAUAUCUCUCCGGUACCCGGCGAGGUACCUAGACCACGCACAACGGAGGAAACGGCCAAGCAAUGA